AUGCUUGCGAAACUCUACCGAACAUUCCCGCAGAGCCAAGCUGUCAAGGCAAGACGUGUCGCAGCAUGGGCUGACUUUACCACGGCAGCAGUCAGGCGCGUCGGUAUGAUUCUCGGUUUUGUUGUCCGCACAUUUGCCAGGAGAGCAGCAAGCAUCCGGUUUUUCCGGGGUGGCCUUUUUCUGACCCAGGCCCGAGGUGUGCUCAGCGUCGUCGCUAUCGCAGCAAGAAUCCUGGCCACUGCUCGACUUCUCACUUGGAGCCGCCAGUGUCGCAACAUCAGGCUUAGGGGCCGGAGCCGGUAG